AUGGAAUUGCUGAAUCCUAUUUCGUAUUUGUGGAAUCUGUCAAAAUGUAAUUACAAUCCGUCUUCGUCGGUUUCCGUAACCUACGCACCGAGCAACGAUCGGAACAUCUCGCCACAAUCCAUUGCGCUCUAUCUUGCGAGAAUUUCCGAUUCAAUGACAGAAACUAAAGGCUGGUUCCAAACGCAGUUUACGCAGACUAACUACACAAAGCAUCCGUGUUUACGGCGCUGCACAGUCGGCGAGCACCAUAGAACCUGUGAGUACGACUUCACACUCGAGUACAACUACGUCCUGUCUAAAGCCUGCUACGACUGCCCCUUCAACAUCACCGACUGCGACAGACCUCACUGUGUGGCGACAGAUGGCGUACAUCGAGCCAUCGUGACCAUCAAUCGCAUGUUGCCUGGACCAGCUAUCCACGUGUGUCACAAUGACACGAUCGUGGUGAAUGUGAAGAACAAAAUGGAAGGCGCAGAAGGGACGUCCAUCCACUGGCACGGCAUCUUCCAGCACGACUCUCAGAUCAUGGACGGGGUCAGCAUGUUGACACAGUGUCCAAUACCAGCCUUCUCCUCAUUCCAGUACAGAUUCAAAGCCGAGAAUAUUGGAACCCAUUUUUGGCAUGCUCACUCUGGAGCACAGAGAGGAGACGGUGUGUUUGGAAGUCUUGUGGUGCAUGAACCUGAUUCAACCAAUCCCCACGCGGCUCUCUACCAGCAUGACCUGCCAGAGCACGUUGUCGUCGUUCACGAUUGGCUCAAUGAACUGUCGAUAAACAAAUUUGCAGGUCAUCAUCACGCAGGAUUUGACGAUGAGCCAGAAUCCAUGCUAAUUAAUGGUCGAGGGUCACAUCACAAGUUCGUGGACCCGAAAACGAACACAACCGUUUACACCCCAAGAGCAGUGUUCAAAGUCACUGAGGGCCAGAACUAUCGAUUCCGGGUGAUAAAUCCGGGGAUCAUGGAAUGUCCCAUCCAAAUUUCUAUAGACAAUCACCAGCUGAAUAUGAUAGCAUCAGACGGAGUUCCAUUCGUGCCGAAGGUUGUCGACUCGUUCAUAAUAUUCGCCGGAGAAAGAUUCGACUUUGUGCUCGAGGCUAACCAGACAGUCGGGAACUAUUGGUUACGGGCUCGCGGUCUGAAUGACUGCACGGGGAAGAAGACGAACCAGGCGGCCAUUUUGAGAUACGAAGGAGCAGACGAGACUGAUCCACCAGGAACAGUGGAUUAUGAAAGUGCAGACAGAGUUGGAAUACUGUUGAAUCCACUAAACCAGAAGUCCACUCCGAAACUGAUUCAAAUGGCUGACCUUAACUCCACGAUCGCCGAUGACCCGCGAAUGAAAGAGAAACCCGACAAGAAGUUCUACAUAGCCAUGGACUUCUACGAGAUAGACAACUACCACUUCCACGAGCCGGACCUGUACCCCAUGUCCAGCGUGGGGGAUGACAAGAAGACGCACAGUCCCCAGAUGAACCACAUCAGCAACGUAAUGCCGCCGGCGCCACCGCUCACGCAGUACUCGGAUUUGUCAGAGGACCUGUUUUGCAACACUUACACAGUACAGGUCAACUGCUCGGCGGAGUUUUGCGAGUGUGUACACAGGCUGUACGUCGACAUCGGCGACACCGUGGAAAUCAUCCUCAUCGACGAAGGCGUGCCCUUCAAUGCUAACCACCCCAUCCACCUGCAUGGUCACCACUUCAGGGUGGUCGCUAUGGACAGGUUGGGUGAGUCCACAUCCCUGGAGGAAGUUAAAGCUCUGGACGCGGCUGGCGGGAUUUCGAGGAAGCUGAGCGGAGCAGUAGCAAAGGACACAGUCACCGUCCCAGAUGGAGGAUACACCGUCAUCAGAUUCGUCGCCGAUAAUCCAGGUUUUUGGUUUCUGCAUUGCCACAUCAUGUUCCACCUUUCAACGGGGAUGGGGUCCAUUAUACAGGUUGGGCAACUUCACGAGAUGCCCAAACCGCCCAAGAAUUGGCCAAGAUGUGGCGACUGGAAAUAUAUCGGAGAAGACACAGAGAAUGGAAAAGAAGGAACAGAGAGUGGAGGAAAAACUGGAGAAAACACCGAAAACGAAUGCCUGCUUACAAAUGACAUAAACAUUGCGACAACAUCCAAGGCGUUAACAACAAUAGUUGUUUUGCUAGACAAAGGGCACGGCGUGAGGCUGCAGGAUCUCAUCCCUGUAUCGGACGGCUGUCAGGUUCCCAGCGAUGACCACCAAAGGCGUUUUCAACCCAUGGGAAAUUCCACCCCAGACCAUGACUGA